GGUAAGGUGGUAAUCCGACCCAUAGCCUUCAAACCGGCAGCCAUGACGCCUUCAGCCAGAUUCGGUAUCAGCGGAGAGCGAUACGGUUCGACGCCCAUCCUCACCAGGCCCGGAUCAAGAUUGACCCUCUAUGGAAGUAACAACGACCUCCACCAGCAAAACGUAAACAUAAACAAUUAUUCCCUGGACCGAAAGCUCCGAUCGUCCUGUCCGUCGGCGUCUUCGUCACCGCCUUUGGCCUUAAAUUCACUUUCAUCUCUUCCUCAUAGUCAUCAGCUGAUCAACUACGACAGUCUGGAGAGCGUCAGAAAGUCGCCUAUUUCGAACACGGACCAUUCCAUUGG